AUGGCGAGCGCCUUGGCCAUUCUAGAGGUCAAGGAUGGCGUAAUUGAACGCUUGGAGCAAGAGGUGCAUGCAGCGGAAGCGGAAAUCAGCCAUUAUGAAGAAGGUGCAGAACUGGCGGAAGCCCGCGCGGCGGCGGCAUCAGCGACUGAGGCAACCACUGCGCUGACCCACGAUGACACGCGACUUGCGGCUGAUGCGCAUGCCGAGAGCGAUUGCCAAAUGCUGGCGGAGAUGGCACAGCAAGCAGAACGUCGUGCCCAAUAUGCAGCCAUUGAAGUUUUGGAAUUGGGAGAAGAGAGUAAAGUUGUCCGGCUGGAGGUGGCGCUGAUUGAGUCUCAGAAAGCCCUUCUCAAAGCAGAAGAGAGCGCUGGUUCCGGCAUCACUGAGAGCGGCACGCCUAGCGCAAGCACAGAAGCUGACAACCAACUGUGCAGCCGAAGAAUUGCAGUGGUGGAAGAGCACUUGGAGGAGAUACUGGAACAGCACGAGGCAGAGAUGGUUUCUUUGUCUUCUCGUCCCGACGAAGUUGUGCAGGAGACUUCAGAGCUUCGAAAGUCUUUACACGUCCUUUGCAAACAGUUGCGUGAACGAGCACAGAAGGGAGAUCACAGAACAGACUCCCAAGAGACUGCCUUGCUUCAAGGAGUCGCAGACAUUGGCGGGCAAGUCCUCUUAGCAAUGGCAUCGCUUGGGGAUGUUAACCACAAGCUGCAGCUGGCGGAGUUACAAAUUCACCACCCGAGUCGGGCUUUUAAAUCUGGAAGCAACUCAGAUCACGGAGGUGAUGUGAAUUCGACUGUCGCAGAUGAUGCGAAAGCUCUACGCGAGCAGGCUGUGCAGGCCGCAGACAUGUUGAGGCUGCGAGAGGCAGCCUCAGAGCAAGCGCUGCUACAAGAAGAGGCGAUUUCUUUGCGCAGCGAGCUCCAUCUAAUGGAAGGCUGCGACGUGGCCCAUGCAAAGGCACGUAUGGAAUACGAGGAGCAGAUUCGAAGAGAUGCCAACCACUGCCUCGAAGAAAGAGAUCAAGCAACUGGAUCUCUUGUUCAUCUCCAGCAAACCGAAGUAUCUGCACAGGCUGAGGGACCGCUUCUGGCGUUGGUCCUGCAGAACCUGGCGGGAGCACAGCGCUGGGCUCGGACCAGUGAGUUGACAGAGAUGACUUGGAAGUCCUUGGUGGAGAACCUCACCAAUCAUGUCACACACCUUGAAGAGAUGGCGGUGUCAGAUGCCUUCCAACCCCUCGCCCCAGCUCCUUCGUCACCUUUCAUGGGUGAACUCUCACCAGAAGGCAUCGCAGACAAGUGCAUAAGGUCUCUAGAAGCGCACUUGUCAAACAUAUCCAGCCAGUGGCACCACGCCGUGUCUGUGUGUUGCAAGACGGAGAUGGAUCUUCGGUCUUUGGAGGCCCAGAUGCGAACCAAACCGGAAGCUGCAGCCAAAGAAGCCGCAGCGGAAAUGCUCCGGCAAGUAAGCGUUUGGAACCAAGACCUGCUACAGAGAUGCAUCAGUUGGCUGACACACGCAACAGAGGCGGCAGACUGGCAUGCGAUGGCAGCAGUGCGAGAACUCGGUCUGGAACACUCUGUGCGUGACCUGGCGUCCAUGAAUCAGUCCUUGCGAGAACAUAUCUGGAGUUUGGAAGCGGAGCAUGAGAACCUUAGCUCGGCAGCUAGUUGUCAGAGUCACUCGGCAGAUUCCAUUCCGAGGGGAAUGAGGGACGGUUCUGGCCUACAGCAGCACAUUGACUCGCUGAAGUCUGAGUUGGGAUCGGCACGUGGCGAACUUUGUGCUGUGAAGGAACAGUUCGACGUAAUGAAGAACAAGCUGCACCAUGCUCUUCAUGAUGCCGAAAGCGUCAGUCGCAACCACGAAUCUCCACAAUGUUUUGAUGGGAAUCAGAACACUGCCUUAGCGCAGAUCUGCCCAGUGUUGGCUUCAAUUGCACGGCAGAUGCAGCACAUGUGCCAGGAGACGGACACCCGAAAGAGGUCGGGGGCGAUUCUUCAUCGGGUUGAAGCCAUCCUGAACAUGCAGCAGGACCUUCAAACAGGUUACAGGACCGUCACGCGUGAACUCUAUGAGCUCCAGAACAAGAGGCAGAAGCAGGAGCUGCUGGGCCAGCCAUUAUACAAAAAGCUGUGCAGUGGGACAGCUUCACCAGCAAUAAUUUGUCGGCUUGCUUUCGUCUUAACCACUGCAAAAUCGGUAAUCCGGGUCAGCUUAUUUCGGUGCCGGCCUCGGAAUGCCUCGGACCUACUCAGAGUACUGUAG